UUCUUUCUGAGCAACGUUGGAAGUCCCAAUGCAGACUUCAAAAAUAAUUUGAGACGCUAUUCUACAGAUACUUGAGAAGGUCCUAUUUGAAAAACUUGACAGUUUGAAUAAAAAUCAAGAAAUGAAAAUAAUUAGGACUUUAGAGGAAAAAAAAAUCUGAGAAAAUGGAAUGAUGUCUUUGUUUGCACUAAGUAUUAAAUACUAGAUGGCAACUUUCAGCAGCUUUAAGGGAAGUGAUUUCAGGAUGGAGGCAUUGUUGGAAAAAAUGCAAACCCAAGGACAUAGCAGCAGAAGUUUCCAGACUUCAUGUGAGGCAGAGUUGCAAGAAUUGAUGAAGCAAAUAGAUAUCAUGGUGGCUCACAAGAAAGCUGAAUGGGAAACUCAAACUCAGACUUUGGAGUCUUGUUUAGAAUUCCGAAACCAGGAGCUGUCCUCCCUCAAAAAUGCAGCAGAGGAGAAACACAAAGAGACUGAGAGAUUGUGCCAGAGAUUAGAUGAGAUGGAGCAACUGAAUCGUGAGAUGACUAUAGAAUAUGAACGUCAGUUAACAAAAGUCCAAAAUGAGUUAGCUAGGUUGAAGAGAAGUUACGAAAAAUUGAUGAAGAAACAGUUAAAAGGAACUAGGCAAUCUUCCAAGAAUCAGGACGAAGAUCAGUCUGAAAUAAAUAUUUUGUCAAAAAAAUUAGAGGAGUUCCAUGAAAAGUCUUUAGAUUGGGAAAAGCAGCGUCUGCAGUACCAGCAGCAAAUUGCUUCAUUGGAAGCACAAAGGAAGGCUUUGGCUGAGAAGUCUGAGCUAGUUCAGACUCAACUGUGCAACCGGAAGCAAAUGUUUGAAUCUGUGGAACUGGCAAGUCAAUCUGAAAUCCAUCAUUUAGCCAGCAAGUUGGAAAGAGCCAAUGACACUAUUUGUGCCAAUGAAUUGGAACUGGAGAGACUGAAUAUAAGAGUAGAUGAUUUGACUGAUACUAACCAGAAGAUUCUGUCAGAACAACAAAAGCUUUUACACGAACUGAAACUUUCCCGGAACUCCCUAGAGGUUCUUCAUGAUGAAAAGAUGGAACUCAGAUCUACUCUGUUGUCUCAAGAGGACUUCAUCACGAAUUUACAGCUUUAUCAUGAACAAUUACAGAAAGAAUUGUCCAAGCUAACUGAAACUCUGAAUGUGAAAGAAACUCUUAUCAGGCAGCUGCAAAAGAAUACAGAAGCCAAAGGAAACUACUAUGGUGGAACAGAAUUAGAGAAGCAUUUAUGCCAGCAGUUUGAUGGCACUGAAGUGAUUCAACUUGAGAGCAGCUUGGAAUCUCCAGAUAGAAAGUGCAUCCAGCUAUCUGAAGAGCAAAAGGAGAAGUUACUGGAGCUUCGACUAACUGAAGAACAGCUGUGCAAAGCCAAGACCGAGAUAAAAAAAAUGAAGGAAGAGCUAUCCCGCAAAGAGCAAAGUCAUAGCCGAGAAUUGGAAGGAAUGAGGCUUGAGGUUACCCAAUUAACACGGGAACUGUAUCAACGUGACAUCACAAUUGCUUCUUCCUUGGGUUCUACUUUAAGCUUAGAGCAACAGUUAAAAAUAGAGAUUGAAAAAACAGAGCAAAAGACAAUAGAGCACAAGGCUGUUCUGUCUCAGUUGGAAGCCCUCAGACAAGAAAAUCACCAUCUGUCAGAGAAGCUGCAGAAGGCAAAAAGUACUUCCUUUGCAGAAUUCCAGGAAAGUUAUAACAAGCCUUUAAAUAAAGUGGAACUUCAGAAUAAGCAUCUACAGAAAGAAUUAGCAGAAACUAGAACUAACUUAGAAGCUUCGUCUUGGGUUUCUCAGAGCAAAUAUGACAAUAUUGUGCAGCAAUUGCAGCAUCAGGUGACUGAGAUAACAAAUGCAGAAAACAAAAGAAUGCAAGAUCUGCAGUGCAAGCAUGAGGAAGAAAUGAAAGCACUUCAAGCUAAAUAUGACAGGACUGUUCAACAUUAUGAGGAGGAACUCCAGAGAGCAAAAUACUUUCCAUCCAGAAUGCUUUCUGUUUCUAGUACAGCUGCUGGUCUACUUCAGGUCAAUGGAACAAACAGUGUCGAAUCUUUGCCUUAUGAAUCUCUUGAGAGAUCCGAUCUUUUGCUCUGUGAAGAUCCAGAAUUUUCUUACAUGGUAUCAAGAGAGUAUGAGAAAGACGUUUUACCUUUGAGUCCUCUGCCUGCCACAAAUGUAGAUGUGAUUGCUGCAAAGUUCCUAGAAGAAGAAGAAGAAAGGUCCCAUCAUAUUUUGGAACGCUUAGAUACACAUAUUGAAGAAUUGAAAAAAGAGAGUGAAAGGACAGUACAACAGUUUACACACCAAAAGUAAUUUUGUUUUGGGGUUUGUGAAUCGAAGAGCUACUUCAUUUAUGCUGCUUUCUUUAGAGGAAAAACACACUUAUUGCCCUCUGGAAGUAGGUUUCUCUGCUUCUUUGUCUUCGAGUAUUCAGGGACAGUGAAUUCAAAGAAAUGAAAUUUGUAGCAAAAUACUUUGUCUAAUUACAGUUAUUACACUACUAUAGAAAACAUUUCUAACUAACCUAGGGGAGCAUUCUGCUCCCCUAAAGUAAAGAGCAAGCUUCAGGAGUGGAUGUUGUUGCCCAUCUAAGUAGAGUAAAUAUUUUAUGUCUAUGCAUUCAGAAAUAAAAUUAUGUAGAAACUGUUAUUUUAUUUUAAUAUGAAUACAAAUCAUAUUGCUUAUCAUUUGAAUAUUAACUUUCUGUCUAUUUCCAAGAUGCCAUGAAACAUGACAAGUGACUUGAGAAAAUGAGAAAAGAGAAUGCCAUUUUGCUUUUCAGGUUUUCUUGUGAAUAUUCUGUGUGGAUUUUAGUUGCCAUCAAACAUCAAAUUAAUGGCUUAGUAAUGGUCCUUUGUGUACUUUCAUAGCGGUAGAAAAAAUAUGGUCAAAUAACUCUGUCAUGAAGAGAUAUUUUAUUAUAUAUCUUGAUUAAAAAAGUAAAGUUCAAUAUAAGUAAUAAACACCUAUACAUGGGAGCAAUUUAAUUUAAAUAACAGCUGUCUUAUGAAGUACUGCACAGCUGUUCCUAAGCAUAAGAACAAAUUUGGGAGGCUGGUUGGUAUGCCAAACAGCUUUUAAAAAAUUGUUUAGCUUCAGGAAGAAAUGCAGAUUUUAAAGCAUGUCCUUGGGCAAAAGCUAAGAAACUAAGUAUAACCUCUUCAUAUUUUUAACUCAUCCUUUUUCUUUAAAUUACCAAUAAGAUACCAAGUUUUCAAUGGCCAGGUGCAGCACCUUACUUUGACUGAAAUUUCAAAGAAGUGAAUUUUAGAUUUUUAUUCCUGGAUAUUUGAAAUCAUGAGUUCAGAUUAUGAUUGUGAUUUUCAAAGUGGAAUUAGAAAGAUAUUAAAUAUAUAAUCUCAGUUCAUGAUCUGCACUGUAGUUUCUCAUGUUUAUUAUCAUAAUGGCAUUAUAGUAUGCUUUUUUCUCUGCUGGAUAGUAAUUUUUGAUAUUUCUUCUGUAGAAAGUGAAGAGUAUUUACAUCUUUAAAAUGUAGCAUAUUUGGUGUCAGUCCUGAGAUUACUGAAGUACUACAAUGCGGAAAUGUUAAUAAUUAAAGAAAUCCUUGCUCCAAGAGUA